AUGCAGAGCGAAGUCGCCGACAAGGGCCCGUGCAUCGGCGACAUUGGCGGACCGUUGAUCAUCGUCCGCGACGGUGUCGAGUACAUUGCCGGUGUGUUGAACACGAACAGUGCUUGCGCGGACACUGAGCACCCUAGUGCGUACUCGCGCGUGUCGGCCACCCGCGAGUUCAUCGAACCAUUCUUACCUGACACACCGCCAAAUCCCAAGCCUGCGUGCUAA